CUUGGACUCUCAGAUACAAUUCUGACUGCCAUCGAGUUCAGUACUCUGCUGAGUUUUGCCACUGUCGUAUCCUUUACUCACGAGAACCACGAGCACCGUGGAUGAGAACGCGUGUGCAUCCGAAAGCUCCUGGAGAGGAAAGCUCCCAAAUCCCCAGUAGCGGAAAUUUUGCCACAAUUUUACACGUCGUCGUGUGAAAAUUGCAAUGAUUGUGUAAAACCGACCGGAAGCAGGAAGGAAAAUUCCCAUUUUGACUUGUUUAAAAUUUUUUUGUUGAAAUUUUUUUUCCCUGCAUGCGGUGGAACUUUUGAUUUUCUGAAUAGAAGCCGGAAACAAGAGGGUGCCAAAACGUGUGUGUAUAUGAAUCCCAUGGGGAAAAGUUAAGUGAAGUCAGCAUCCUGGUGCUUGUGGGAACUUUUACAGAAGCUUCUGCAGUUGUACGAUUUUAAUUCAACAACCGAAUUGAGGUAGAAUUUCUGCCUUUGUGCAAGAGUGUCAUUCCUUGAUACUGAAGAUCAUUAAAUUCCCCAAAGGACAUCCGAGACAGUGAGUCACCUGAGGUGAAAGGAGUGAGCUUUCUCUCCCACCUCUGAGCUUUUUACGUGGGUGCCAAGAAAUAUGAGUGGCAGCAGAGCGUGUCAAUAGAGACCUCCCAGUCUCACGCCUUCCACCUUCCACGGCGGAAAUGAUAAAAGUGAUGUAUAUGAGAGAUCGCUAGUGACUUGUUUUGUGAACCUACCCAAACCCUCUCUCCCAAAACCCAAAAAAACGCCAGUGUUGUUGGUGAAAAUGGGGAAAUCUGAGAAAAUCCCCGAAGAUCGUACCACCACAAGUUCAUCUUUUGUGAAUUGUGUACUCUGUGUGUUGUGCAUUUCGUCUAUAGGUGCAUCAGUCUAUUCAAAUGUGCGACAGAGUUACAUCGAGGAUAGGAUACGGCAUCUUCGACAUCUGGACGACAGGAUAUCUGUCCUUGAGUCCAAAUUUCAGAACUUUCCUGAGGCCUUUGUCGACGCAGAUGUGUCCGACGUGGCGAAUGUAGUGCGGAAAUUGUCACUUCAGGUGGCUGGUAUUCAGAGAUUGCGGCGAGAUGUCUCCCAAUUGCAGGUCACCAGACACACAAGACAGGCAUCUGUGCAAUCGGCAGGGGAGUGCAUCUGUCCAGCAGGUCCUCCUGGUCCACCUGGGAAGCGCGGAAAGAAGGGAAAGAAGGGUGAUCCGGGUGAAAUGGGACCAGCUGGUCCAGCAGGUCCACCGGGAAAAAAUGGCUUUCCGGGAGAUAGAGGCCAAAAGGGAAUAAUGGGGCCAAUAGGUUUGGAUGGACCAAAAGGAGAGCCGGGUAGACCCGGAGACAAGGGGCAGAAGGGUGAUCUCGGAAAUCCAGGAAUUGAUGUAUUUCAGGCUGUAAAGGGAUUAAACUUGAAACGGUCCGUAACGACACUUCGAGGUGGUUCCCUUGGUUAUGCUGAGAUUGUUGCCGUUAAGGGAUUACAAGAGGCAGGACAUAACAUUUCUGCAGCGACUGUAAUUCAACUUAAAGGCGAGCCUGGUGAACCGGGUCCGCCAGGACCACCAGGUCCAACAGGUUCAUCGGGCAUACCUGGUUAUGACGGUAAACCAGGACAACCUGGUGAACCAGGCCCACCCGGACCACCGGGACCAGCUGGCGAAACAGGACCCAUUGGACACAAUGGAACAGCAGGACAACCAGGACCAAAGGGUGAUAAGGGUGACAAAGGCGACCGGGGAUUGACGACAACGCUGAAAAGUGAUCAAUUUCCAACGGGUAUCAUCGAGGGUCCACCUGGUCCACCGGGACCACCAGGUCCUCAGGGAGAACCGGGCGAACGUGGCGAAGUAGGACCCAUAGGACCACCUGGUCCACAAGGUGAAAAAGGACCCCGUGGCAAGCGUGGAAAACGGUUGGGCCCAUUCAAAGAUGAUUCAGACUAUGAUGAUACAACGGCUGUGGUUAGAGGACCUCCCGGUCCUCCAGGAGAACCAGGAACACCCGGCAAAGACGGCUUAAUGGGACCGAAAGGAGAACGAGGUGAACCCGGCGAACCUGGAUCUCUCGGUCCACGAGGUCUAGACGGACUACCAGGUGAACCCGGUAUAGAAGGACCACCUGGUUUACCUGGAUAUCAAGGGCCACCGGGUGAGAAAGGUGAUCGAGGUGAUAUUGGUCCACCAGGUCUUAUGGGACCUCCGGGUUUACCCGGACCACCUGGAUAUCCCGGAUCCAAGGGUGAUAAGGGUGAUCGAGGAGACUCUUAUCGAAAGAUGAGACGACGUCAGGACGAUGGAAUGGCAGAUGCUCCACACACCCCAAUAGAAUAUAUUAUCGGACCAGCCGGUCCUCCAGGACCACCAGGAACGCCUGGAAGGAUAGGUCCACAAGGCGAACGAGGUCUCGAUGGACGAAAGGGAGAUCGGGGAGAGAAAGGCCACAAAGGUGAUCCUGGUCCCAUGGGAUUACCAGGCCCAAUGGGUUUCAGAGGAGACUCUGGCCCUGUUGGUCCAAUCGGAAGACCUGGACAAACGGGUCCACCCGGUCUCGAUGGCAUGAAGGGCGCUCAGGGCGAAACAGGUUCGAAAGGUGAACGAGGCGAUCCUGGAUUACCGGGCACAGACGGCAUUCCGGGCCACGAGGGACCACGUGGUGAACGUGGCAUUAAAGGUGAACCCGGACCAUCCGGCAAGAGGGGACGAAAAGGAGAUCGAGGAGAUAAGGGUGAUCAGGGAGUUCCUGGACUGGAUGCACCCUGCCCGUUAGGUACAGAUGGACUACCUCUACCCGGAUGUGGUUGGCGCCCACCUAAGGAGACAUUCGUUCCACCACCACCACACAAAGACUACCUCCCAGAUAUCACUGGACCCGAUCCCGAUGCAGACUAUGACCCUGAGGAAGAGGACCCAGGUGGACCAGAGGAGGAGUAUGAUGACUACCAAGAGAACUUACACCAAAUGGACUGAACAAAAAUUAUUCUGGGAGACAUACAAGAAAGAGGCUAACAAUUUUCACCCAAAAAAAAAAAAAAUAACAAGAAAAAAGCGAGUACCAAGAGCCCAGCUCAAAAAAGCAAGAAGUAGAUGUGAAGACAAAAAAUAUUGAGGGGCAAAGUGCCUAGAAUUAGUGAGGAUAAACUUAACAGGGAUAAUUUAACACUCAAGUAAACAGCCAUUAACCCAAAUUCCAAAUAGGAUAUGGCACAUUUACGUGUAUUAAUAUCUGUUUCACAAUUCUCCAAGUGCUAAGACCAUAUCCAAAUAUUCAAUGUAAAAUUCUUUUUGCAGGGAAACGCCAUUGAUGAUUAUUGAAUGCCACAAAUGAGAUUUCUGCUUGUUUUAAAUAAAUUUAGCAUAGAACCAUGUCAACGAGGAUUAAGUUAAGAGAGUAUUUUUUUUUGUUUUAAGGAACUCAUAAUUUGUUGAAAUAAGUGAGAGAAUCAUGUUUUGUAAAGUGAGACUGCAUUUAGUGUUUUUUAUUCUUCUGGUCCGGAAAUAUGAGUCCAAUUCAUUUUUAAGUGUUAAAGUAAUGAUAUCUCACGUUUCUGGAAUGUAAUGCCUUCAAUUUAAACAUUAAACCAAAAUAAUUUUUCUUUUAAUUUGAAAAGAAAAAACACAAUUUCACAGGAAAGAAUUCUUGAUGGGUAUGAAGUUAUCAAGUUCAGUAUUAUUAUAAGCUUCUUGUGUGACUAGGAACUUUUCUUUUACAAUUUCAACUCAAAAUCUAUCAUCAAUACUUUUUCAUCUUUAAUUUUUCAUAAUUCUUGAAAAUAAUGUUUAAAUGAUCGACACUUCUAUUAGUUCACUUUUAAACUAAAAUUUAGAAAUUAAUAUCGAAUGAAAGGAAGCAUAUUUCCAGACAGAGGGUGUAGUUUUGUUUAGUUUUGUAGCGUGUAUGAUGCAAUUGUUGCUAGUUUUAGUUGUAUUGAGCAAUAAAAUGUGUCACAAAGAGA